UUUGUGACCUUGGAAGCGCAGUAAGCGAAAGCUUCUUUUAUUCCGUUUACAGCUAACACAUCAGAUUGGAUAAGGUGAAUUCUAGUCAUCUGUCUGUAGUCAUCACAUAUUCAAUGAAAUACUCGAUUGACUUUAUUCGUAUUGGGUGGACAAGGCGUAUUUCAGAUCACUACUUUAGUUCUGCAUGUACGAUAUCAUUACUAAGAGGACCUAAAUUGAUUCUUGUUGACCCUGGUAGUCCAUGGGAUUCGCAAUGGCUUCUUUCUCAGCUCACAUCUCGUGGAAUAAAUCCUUAUGAUAUUAAUUUUGUUGUUUGUACACAUGAUCACGUCGAUCAUAUUGGAAGCUUACAUAUAUUUCCAAACUCUACUCGGAUUGUGGGCGAGAAUUUCGAAGUUCAAGGUCUUAAAGAUUGCUUCAGUAUUCUCAAAACGCCUUAUGAGAUCGACCCCUUGAUUCACAUAAUAUCUACACCUGGGCACACUUUGUCAGACAUAUCAGUCAUUGUGGAGGAUAUUGAUCAAUUCGGUCGUGUUGCUAUUGUGGGUGACUUGUUUGAAUGUGAGCAAGAUACUAUUGAUCCAUCUUUGUGGCAUUCAUCUAGUAACAAUGUAAGCAUUCAACAAAAAAACCGAGAAUUCAUUAUCGAUAACUUUGACUACAUUGUUCCAGGUCAUGGACCAGCCUUUAAAGCUACUAAAAGGUGGCAAAACUAACUUCGUAUGCAUCUUUACCCCGUUCAUUGUAAUCCACUCGACAUUCGUUACACUUUUGUUGUCUGUCCUGAAAUUCUAUGGAAUAAUCAUUUGUCUAAGUUAUUAUAAGUCGCAAAACCCUUUGAUUUUCCCAUUAUAUUUCCGAGAAUUUCAUUUAGUUAUGGUACCAUAAAAUAAAGUUAUUAUAAGUCAAGAUAUAGUAAAUACUUU